UCAAAAGUUAGAAGCUCGUGUCUGCUGUAAUUGAAAUUGGCGGGUGAUUAUAAGGCUUAAAAUUCUUCAUCAUCUUUGUAAAACCCUCAAAUGCUGUGUGAUGCAGCUCUUAGACAUGAAAUCCUUCAGAACAAUUUUCUAUUCUCGAAAGCACUUUCUCAUUUCCGCAACUUCAUCUUCUUAUACUCAAUCACCCAUCUCCAGCCGGUCCCGCCUGAACCCCAACUCUUCACUUUUUCAUUACGCCGGCCGUUUCAACACCGCGCAACUUUCGACAAUCGGCGUCGAUGCCCCGAACGGCGACCCCAUCGGCGGUUCCGGUUCAGAAAAUGGAAAGGACCGCCGUGUUUGGACUACUUACGACCCCGUUACGAGUAGGCUUCUUACACAAAGGGUCAGAAGCGGUAGCGAUAGAAAAGAGCCCGAACCGAGCAUUGGAAUUCAAACCUUCGGGGCUUCGUCGAGAAAUGGAGAUGGGGCCAAGGAUUUCUUGAACGAGAAGACUUCGGAGAGUGUGGGGAAAGUGGGUUUAGGAGAUGGGUCGGUUUGCAGGCCGAAUUUGGGGAAGGUUGUGGGAUCGAAGAAGAAGAAGAGCAAAGUUUCUUGGGUUUGUUCGAACUGUGGGCAUAAUGAGGGGCAGUGGUGGGGAACUUGUCGGUCCUGUGAUAUGGUUGGUACAAUGAAGCAGUUUUCGGAGGGGGAUGAUAGUGGAGGAGGGAGUCGAGGGUUUGAAGUUUCAGAAAAUGUGGUUCGAGCAUGGCUUCCAAAGCAGGCCACCGACGGGAAUCCUCUGCGGUUGACUGAUGUGAACCGGGGAAUCAAUACUCGGGAUUGGAGACUUCCUUUGCCUGGUCCCUUCGGAAGUGAAGUGGCAAGGGUGCUUGGUGGUGGACUGGUACCGGGUUCUCUUGUUUUGAUUGGUGGUGAUCCUGGUGUUGGCAAGAGUACAUUGUUGUUGCAGAUUGCUGCCCUUUUAGCCGAAGGGUGUGGUCAAGGUGAAUUAACAUCGGUUGUUUAUGUCUCUGGCGAAGAGAGUGUGGAGCAGAUUGGAAAUAGAGCAGACCGACUGAAUAUUGAAACUGAGAAUCUUUACUUGUAUUCAAGUACUGAUGUUGAGGAUAUAUUUGAGAAGAUUCAGCCUAUAUCUCCUAGAGCCUUGAUCAUUGAUUCUAUUCAAACAGUUUAUUUGCAAGGAGUAGCUGGAAGUGCUGGAGGGAUUGGACAGGUGAAGGAAUGCACCUCGGCCCUUCUCCGUUUUGCAAAGAGAACCGGCAUCCCCAUUUUAUUGAUUGGACAUGUGAACAAAUCAGGAGAAGUUGCUGGACCUCGAGUUCUGGAGCACAUUGUGGAUGUUGUACUGUAUAUGGAAGGGGAUAAAUGCUUGUCGCAUCGGCUACUACGACCAGUCAAGAACCGAUUUGGAUCAACAGACGAGCUUGGAGUAUUUGAAAUGUUGCCAUCAGGACUAGAAGUGGUGUCAAAUCCAAGCGAGAUGUUUAGAAGGGAUCACAAUGCAAAUUCAAAUUCGGAGUAUUUGGCAGGACUUGCUGUUGCAGUGAUCAUGGAUGGAACUCGCACCUUCCUGCUUGAAAUUCAGGCACUGUGUUUGUCCAGAUCCUCUGUUACUAGACAGGUUAAUGGGAUUCACCAAAGCAAGGCUGAUUUGAUCAUAUCGGUUCUCAUGAAGCAAGCUGGGUUGAAGCUACAAGAAAGUGGUAUUUUUUUAAAUGUUGUGAGCGGGUUGACAUUGACAGAGACCGCGGGAGAUCUUGCAAUUGCAAUGGCAAUUUGCAGCAGCUUUUUGGAGUUUCCCAUUCCAAAUGACAUUGUAUUCAUUGGUGAAAUUGGUCUUGGUGGUGAGCUUCGCAUGGUGAGUAGGAUGGAGAAGAGGAUCAAUACUGUUGCCAAGUUGGGUUUCAAAAGAUGUGUAGUACCCAAAUCAGCUGAAAACUGUUUAGGACUGGUAGAGUUAGGUGAGAUGAAGCUCAUAUGUUGUAGACAUUUGAAGGAUGUUAUCAACAACGUGUUUAUUGCAGGAGGUGAAGUUAGCGGUCUACAAUCUUGUGUAGGAUAGUUUUUAAUUUUGUUCAUUUUUGGUGUAAGAAUACAACUCCUUCCAAAAUGGAGUGGAUGUACAUAAUAUGUACCUUUUGAAUCAUUCAAACAAGAAAAGUUGAUUAGGCAAGUAAUUUACUUGAUGAAAA